GAUACAGUUACAUCGAAGCCCGCGUCCUAACCAGUUUCCGCUGCAGAUAAAAGAAAAACAAGAGUCGUAGGGCUGUUGGUACGGUGAAACAAAAGUGUAUCAGCAGAUGCUCAUGAUGGUUGCCUCUUCUGUGGGACGGGACGGAUGUUUCAAAAAGGGUGUCAUGGCCCCCGAUUCUGUCUCUUUUCUUUUUCUGCACUUUCUGCUCUGUGAAUAACUUCACUUUGGCCUUUUGAGUCUUCAGUAUGGGCGUUCCCCACAUAAAUGCCCGCCAAGAGGCGCAGGUUAUAACGCAGACUGUUUCCCUCCCCACGACCACUUACACCACCCAAGUCACGCUAGGCGUAGCUUCGGCUCCAGCCACGGACCGUCCCGUCGUGACGUCUCAACACAGCGGCGAUGGCUUAAGCAGUGCACAAAUCGGAGCGAUAAUCGGAUCCAUCGUUGGAGUGUUCGUGCUCGCUUUUAUUGUGGUAUGUUGCUGCCGAAGACCGAAGCAACCAAAGAAGCGGAGGAGUUAUCGGAGCACUUAUGCGGAUUCGUCGGAUGGUUGGUCUGAGAGGAUGCCGAAUGAGAACUGGGUAAGGCCAGUGCCUAUUCCUGUUGCUAGACCUGUUCCUGUACAGUAUCCGUCACCGGUUGUGCAGAGGGAGCAGAUUCCGGGAGGGCCGAAGUUUCCGACUUAUAGGGCGAUUCCUAUUCCUAACCCGAGAAGGGGAGAGAAUCCACCGAGGACAUAUAAUUCACCAAGGACGUAUUGGCGAUAGGCUGGCAUGUCUGUCAACAGAAGUUUAUGGUAUGAAUGAGUUAUGAGAAAUGUGAGAUGAAGGAUACGACAAAUGAAAUGAGGAAUAGGGAAGUGAGCUGUGGUGUUGCAAUCAGGCAUCAUAUGGGAGGCAUUUACGAUCAGCAAGCAAGCGAGCGAGCAUUUUCAUUUACCACGACACUGACAUUAACACAAGGGGCAUCGUAGUCGAACACAUUCAUAUAAUCUAUACACUAAUUCAUGAUCAUCAUAACCUCA